CAAAUGUCUGAGUCAGCCUAAGAAGAAAAUGCUUUGAACCAUCUUUUAUUUCUCAACAUGGUUUGCAUCUUCUGCUUGUACACAGUUUGUAGACAGUCCCCUGCUGGGAUGGCCAGCUUCAAAGAAGCCAUAUCAAAGAGGGCAGCUCUUCAGAUUCUGCCCUGCACUGUGUCUCAGCUGCUGUCUGCCUCUGAAGUCGGGAAUGGUACCUUUGCGAUCUGCGACUGGGAACUGAACCAGGUGUCUGUGGUGGGCAUCAUCCGAGCAUAUGCUCCUUUCGUGACAAACAUCCAGUACUCUGUGGAUGACAUGACUGGCCCACCUUUAAAUGUGAAGCAGUGGGUGAACACAGAGGACUGCGCACUGAUGACAUCUGCUUCUCCUGGAAUGUAUGUGAAGGUGACUGGAAGUCUGCACAGUUUCAGUGGUCAAAGGUCAUUGCUGGCAAUGAAUAUCCGGUGUAUCAAGGACCUGAAUGAGAUCACAUCCCACAUGUUGGAAGUGGUACAAGCCCAUGUGCAGCUUUUUGGAAAGGUAUUUGAUGUGAAUAUGAACACCACUGCUGCUUCACUGUCUAGAAGAGUCCUCAGGCAUGGAGGUGGUGGGCAUCCUGAAGGCAUUGUACCAGACUGGCUGUCCACCAUCCAGGGUCAGGUUAUGCAUGUAAUCAGGAGCUUGUCUAGUUUACAUGACCUGAAGACACAGCUUUGCUACCUUGGUAUGAGUGACAUCAGAACUUCCCUGGCAUUUCUGGUAAAUGAAGGUUGUGUCUUCUCUACCAAUGAUGAGCAUCAUUUCAAGUCAACAGCACCAUAGCGGGCUGCUUAGAGGCCCGUGAGACAUCAGUCCUGGAUUACAGCUGACCAGGAUGUGCAUGCUGCCCACAUUUUUUCAGGUCACACAAAUCUUAAUAGUUUUGGUUAAAUGUAGCUCUUUCUUUAUGACCUGCUGUCGCUGAUUGCUUCAUCCAUCUUGGCCUAAAGAUGUUGAAACUGUCUCAGGGUUUAUAGUGUAUCAUUGCCUGUGAAGAAUGGCAGCACUGAUGUAUUGCUCAGGCUUCUUUAUGUGUGAAUAUAAUUUUGUUUUAUAAUUUGAGUUUGUGGGUACCAUGCAAAUGAUGUGUGUGUAUAUAAAGAAUUACUAGAAGUUUAA